GGGAGGGGGGCAGGAAAUUCUGUGCGACAGCUGUAGCAACUGGUCGGCCAGCUGUUGUGUUUUUAGGUUUUAACUAGCUGUUGAUCAGCAAGUUCAAGCCAGGGAUUAAGUUGGUGAAAGAAAGACGAAAGAACGGACAGGGGAAGACAGUUGCCGAUUUUCGCAACGGAAUAUUCACAACAUAGAAAAGCUGCUGCAAGUGAGAAAUAUUAUUGACGAUGGUGGUGGAAAUUGAAAACUUCUACGGCGUGUAUCUGCUGUACUGCAUCAACCCCAAGUACAAGGGGCGGACGUACAUCGGCUUCACGAACGACCCGAACCGGCGCAUCAAGCAGCACAACACGGGAACAAAGGCGGGAGGCGCCCGGAGGACGUCCGGCAGGGGGCCCUGGGAGAUGGUACUGAUCAUCCAUGGCUUCCCCAACAAUAUCUCAGCUCUCAGGUUUGAGUGGGCGUGGCAGCAUCCUGACAAAUCUCGUAGACUCAGACACCUCCCCAAGAAGUCAAGCAGAGAGACAGCUUUUCAGCACAAGUUCCGCCUGGUGUCCAACAUGUUGCGGGUGGGACCCUGGUGUAAGCUGCCUCUCACCAUCAGAUGGUUGAAGCAGGAAUACAUGCUGGAAUUUGAUCCCCUUCUCCAGCCACCAAACCACAUGCCUAUAGCCUAUGGACCUGUUCAGAGUAAGAAGCUGAAAAAGAACAAGGCAGAGUCUGUUGCCAAGGAUACACAGAGCAGUCAAGUUGAUGAUGAUGAUGAUGAUUUUGUACAUCUCUCUCAAGCCAGAGCGACCAGAUGUGAUGUCUGUGUGAAGAGACUACAGGACCCUGAAAGUCAGGUGUCAUGCGUGCACCCAAGCUGCAGCAUGAAGGCCCACAUGACCUGUCUGUCCAGGCACUUCCUCAGGAGAACAGAGGACAGCCUGUUGCCAGUGGAGGGAACCUGUCCGAAGUGCAAGGUUAGUCUACUGUGGGGAGAAGUCAUCAGGCAGAAGUUGGGAUGCCAGGAUGUUCCUCCAGAUUCUGAUGAUAAAGCACACUGGACAGAUGAAGUAUGAGGGACAUUAAACUGGACCAAUAUGGACAGACCCAACCACUGGACAUCUUUAAUGCUAGUACUGUCUUCUGUUGAAGAACAUUUAGAGGAAUGGGUGGGUGAAAUAUCAGCUGUAACUAUAUGCAUCCUUCAGUCUGAUACUUUGCUACAAAUGUGGUUUGUAUGGAAAACAAUGCACUAAUCAAAUACCUGUUUGUUCAACAAAUGUCCAUAUUAGUUCUGACUUCAUGUUGCAGGUUUCUACUUUGCUGUACAAAAAUUUUAAUCUAUUAUCGUUUUAGUAGAUUGUUAUGAAAUAUUGACAUUGUCUUUAAUCUUAUAACCUUAAUUUUAUCUAUCAUGUAAAAUAAGCUAUUUAAAUGCAGUUUUAUUUGGAGUUGAGCAAUAUUUUGAGCUGUAUUUCAAUGAUAAUGAAGUUACCACAAAUUGAUGCUCGACAGCCAAAAGUAUGUUUUUAAAGUUUGUAUUUAUUUCAACAAUAAAGUUCUUGACCACAACAGAGAAA